GUAGCUUCUAGGGUUAUAGGAAGAAAGUGCAUCCCUUAUAUUCCUUUUUUUUGUUUCAGGUAUCAAACAGAACUCCCCAAAAGGAUAAAAUCCAGAGGAAAAGACGCUCAUCUAACCCAUGAAGAACUCUGCCUUUGCAUGAAAUGGAAACUCUCACGUGGGAAAUUCUCUCCCAGACUAAAGGAUCUUAUUCAGAUGAACACUCCGCGUCUGUGUAUGACAGAAACAAAAAAGGCUUUCAGGGCUUUAUUAAAGAAAGAAGAUUUACCUUCUGCCAUCCAGGCUCUCUGUAAUUUGAAGGGUGUUGGACCAGCUAUGGCAUCAACAAUCUUAACAGCAGGAAGCCCAGAGCUCUGUGGCUUUAUGGCUGAUGAGUGUCUUCUUGCCAUCCCUGAAAUUGAAGGUAUUGAUUACACAACAAAAGAACUCCUGAACUUUGUGGAACAACUAAAAGUAGCAGCUAAUAGGUUAAAUAAGGAAGACAACGGCUCAGUGACAUGGAACCCUCACAAAGUUGAGAUGGCUCUUUGGGCUCACUUUGUUGUAGGAGAAUUAAAGAAGGAGCUUUUAGAUGGAAUGCCAGGUGGUCUUGCAGCCCCUCCUCCAGGUGCCCCUACUGCACCUUCACAACAAACAACAGAAAAUGGGGAAUCGCAGACAGAACAGCAGCCACAGAAAGAGAAAAAUGGAGGUCCUGUGCCAGAGGAGAGCAAUGACUCCAUGGAUUCAGCUUUUGCCAACAAAGAGAACCUCACAGCCAAUACCAAUGGAACAUCAGAUGCAGAGAAUAGCAGAGCUUCAUUGAUUUCCAAUUGUGAAGAUACCAAUGAUUCGGUGGCCCUUUCGGAAGCCCCAAGCGAGCCAGUAUCAGAAGCUCCAAGUGAAGCAGUCUCCGAAGCACAAAGUGAGAGUGCAUCAGAUACCACAGAAACCCCCUGCCAGACUCCUCAGCCAGCCACAGAACCAUUGCAGCCGGCAGUGGAGGCUACACCCACUAGCUCAGUACCCAGCAGCCCUCCAGACAACACUGGUGAACCAGCACACAAGAAGGUCAAAUUGGAUGACUAGUAUGUGGAGUGAGGUGGUGUGUGUACUUUACUACCACCUAUAUUGUAAAGAGUGGUGGAUUGUGUACUGUGCGACCACCUGCAUUAUUACCCUCCUCUCUCCCACUACUCUCUAACCCCCCCCGUCUUGUAGCACCUGUGACAGGUAGUGGUUGGGGAAGGGGGAAGGAAGGAGGGAGAGAGGAUAUGUAACACUGUUGUGACAGAAAUGGUCAACUGGUAGCAGUCCCUCACUGCCCCACCAAGUCUUAUACACUCACCCUCGUGCACUCUUGUGUAACGUACAUUCCAAGAGGCUUUUAUCAUGGAGAGAAGUAUUUUGUACACAUAUUUUCCAGUUUGCAGCUCAAUUUAGCCGUGGUCAUGUUUGCAUGGUUGUGUUUGGGCCCAAACCUAUUGAUUUUGGGCUUUUACACACCAAAUCUAGGGCUCAUUUUUUUUUUCUUUUUUUUAACAGUUUGCAUAGAAUUUUAUAUAUAUAUAUAUGUAUUUUAGCCCAUUUUACCAUUUUAAGGAGUUGUGCAAGGCUGGCUGGAUUUUUAAUGUUGCCACCUGCACUUUGUGAUCUCCAUACAGAAGCCCUGUCACAGUAUCAAGUCCACCAGUGCAGUUCUUAGAUUCCCAUACACCAGACCUCAGUCACAAUAAUCUCUUGAAAUCUUGAAAGGAACUGGCAAAGUGUCCUAUUGAUGGCCACAUAUUUGGUGUAAGAGAGAGAGAGAGAGAGUGAGAGCGAGAGAGAAAAGUGAGAGAUAGAUUUGAGUUAACUUGAGUCACAACAGUGUUACAUGUGCUCGUCCAGGACCCGACUGGAAAGUUCGUACCUGUGCAGACAGAUAUUGUAACGGCAGCCGACCCCCAGUUAAAGCAUAGUGCAGAACCCUCUUUGGAAUCUCCCAACUCUACAAAAUAUAACAGUGCAGGAUCAUACAUACUUUUUCCAUAUAUACUAAGAUGCAUGGUAUUUUUUGUAAUUGGAAUAUAUUUCGCUCGUUUCUAAAUUACAUAUAGAUGAGUUCAGUAGUAACUUUUUAAUGUUGAGGUCUUUUGAAAUAUAUUAAAGAAAAAUAUUGAAAUUAUGGAAGUUGUAAGGUCUCUCACACCUUUCGGCCUUGAUCCCCAGAAAAUGCAGAAAAGGAGAGUUAAAUACAAUGAAAAUAUGCUGUGGUGGAUCUUAGUGGUCUGUUCCAUGUGUUUGUGAAGAAAAGGCAAAAACUAUAAAUCAACAAUGGUUGGGAGUGUCCAAUGAAUAUGGGCACCCAUAUACUGGCAGUGUUUACUUGCAAAUGCAGUUAAGGCAUAUGCGAGAGAACCCCAUGUAAUGAGCACCCUCGUUAACUAUUUUAUACAUCAUCUAAGAGGAGUUAGUACCUUAUGAAGUGGAUCUUGAGAUUAUAUAAGCACUUGAGGAUAUGGUCCAUUAAUGGGUGUAAAUUAUUCACUGCGGCAAGACUGAAUGGGGACGCUCUGUUCUUGCGAUUGUCUCACUGGCAGAUGAAUACCUCAGUAUUUAUUCUAAUUCCUUUCCCUUGACUUUAACCCUCCACAUGGAUGCAGAGCUUUCACCAAGACCCUUGUGAAACUAAUGUAUGUCAGUGCUAAUGAAGGAUGAAAGGACAAAAGGCUUACAUGUGCAAAAUUUCUCCACUCCAUACAUCAUUACUCAUGCAUGCAUGCAUACACAUACACUGAGACAUGGAUACUACCACCUGUGACGACACAUGCAGAUUUGUUCUUUGCACGUGUCUCUUGUUCUUUAUUUUAUUAUUUUUGGUUUGCAUUCUCUCCCCCUUUUUAUUCAAUCACCAAGGAUCUUGAAAACAAGUGGUUUCAUUUUCAUUUAUCUAUGAGCAUGCUAUAUAUGAAUGUAUAUAUAUGUAUACAUGUAUAUUAUUUUGUAUAUAUGUAUAUUUAUUUAUGUAUACAUGUGUAUAUAGUCAUGCAUGCCCACAUUUACACAACAUGGACAUACAUGUAUGUAGGUCAAUCAUUUCCAUAACCAGAAGACGUGUCAGCAACACACAUCUCCAUCCACCACCUACAUCUCGAGUGCUCACGCUGCCUCCUCCACUAUUUAUUUAUUUCGUUUACAAUGAUUUUGGUAGAUGUUUUCUACUACCCAGUUUUCUUCAUGUGGAAUUGGAAAGGAACAUUAUGCCAAGUGUAUAGAUAUACACCUUUUAAACUUUGGAAGUUUAUAGUUUACCCAUGACCCCCUCAAGUUGCUGGUUGUCCAUUGAAGGUUAACUAAAGUCUCAGGUUUCACAGUUUUCUGUGGAUCUUUAAGAUGGAAAGUUAGCUUUCGCUCAAGGAGCAAGGGAUGGGUAUCUCUAUCCCCAAGCAAAUAUUUGUUAAUAAGUAGGUGUUAGAUCUCCAUAGCCUUCUUGAUAAGUAAUGUGGUCACUGGGAAACAAGAAAUUUUUGGCAAGUUCAGUUGUGCAGUGCAAGAGGGAGGAGGUAACAAAAUGGGCUUGAGGGAGAAGAUGAGAAGGAAGGACCACAUAGGCAGGUGGUGGUGCUGGACAUUUGCAGUUCACAUAAAUAUGAUUGAAGGUUACAGAAUCAAUAUUGAAUAACAGGCACUAAAAGGAUAAAAAUAGAACCAAUGGAAUAGCUGCUUAUCUGAGUUAGAAAAGGCAGAGGUGAAGUGUUAAUUGAUUUUACUUGUAAGGAGAGGAAGAUUUUGAGCUACUUCCCCACCCCCAGUCAAAAGCUCAUUACACUGACCAGAUUAAGUAAAUUUCCAGUCGACAAAACCUGGAAGAUGGGGUUCUUUUUUAAUGUAGUCUUAGUCCUUACUUAGUCCUUAUGUAACCAAAAGUAGUGGUCUUGGGUCAGAUUUUUUUCCUUUCAUCAUAUUUUGUAGCAGGAGGUGCCAUGUGCACAUCACCCCAUCCUCAACCACUCCCAUGAGUUGCCACGGAACUGCCAGGAGGGUCCACCCAGUGUCACUCCCCAAUACAUUCUUUCCACGUGUUAAUAUUAGUAUUUCUUGAUUCCUUUGUAUUUGUAGUGGCCAUGAUGCUAGUGUGGGUUGCAGCAGAAAAUAUUCUCUGUGGCACCACACUAGUAUGCAUCUCAAGUUAGUGCAUCAUCUAGUGUGUGUGAGACAGUCGGUGUAAUGUCAUGGCAGCAGCAGCAGCAGUGUCUGGCAUGCUGUCUAAUUAGCAGGAAGAUUAAUUGAGCUUAAUGUUGGCCUUUCAUACCUUCAUAAUUGUAAUUCUGUUCAUAGGAUUUUGUGUUAGGGGACUGAUAGGGGAAUCCUUCCUGUUUUAUAUUUCUAGCAUUAUGAAUUUCUUAAAGCGCCUUUUUGAUUUAUAAUGGGUUAAAGGCUGUAGUCUUAGUGGAAGGCUAAAUAUUGGUUGUAGAAUGGUGGUGCAGGUAUAUCAACCUGCGUUUAGAUCUUAUUCUGCCCUAUAUGUUUAUUAUUGGGUUAUGUCAGGCUUAUUUAAUCAAAGUGAAUUCAGGAUGGUAAUUAAUAGUAUUUUAGUUUAAAUCUUUUUAUGGCAGGGACUCCUGGGUUCCGUGGCUCUGUUGCCCGCCGCUGCCUCCCCACAACAUCCUGCCUUGUAUAGACCCAUGAAAAAUGCUUAUUUUUCUAUGUAAAAAAACAAAAAACAUAAAAUCGAGGACGGUAGCAAACGGCCGUUGUCGUGAUAUAACCCGAGCUCUGCUCCCCACCUUCCUCCCCCAGCAUGGGAGACCCAUCAUGAUCACUGCGGGUGCGUGAAGCUCAUCAUCAUCAUCGGCGUCAUCAUAUAGGUAGUUUUAGGUGUCAUUAUUAUUUAAUCAGUAGACUUGCACACAAAUACCUGAACUCAAGGAUCAGGGGUGACUGGGUCUGCCACCCAUGUCUUAUUUCAACCAAUUAUUAAUGAACAAUGAAAAACUGGAGUGAAUACUACCACAGAUAUGGCCUUACACAACAGGAAGAUUUGGUGUUUUAGUAUAUUCUAUUUCAGUUUUAAUGUGAUAGAAUUAGUUCAAAUAAAGGAUUCACACCAGG